UAUCCCACCGUGCCGCUCCAGUUCGGGUUGUAAACAAACAUCAAGGAACGGAGCAAACCCCGAGAAAAUAAGAGAUGCUUAUUUUGCUGCUGUUUUCUGCCGUUUUCUUCGUCGAGACAGCCCAAAUUACCAAGGACAAGGAUGCGGCCGCCCUGAACCAAUCGGCCAGCUUCAACCCGCUCAGCCCGCUGGUAAAAUGUAGCUUCCUGCCGCUGGAAUUCCUGGACUGCGAGGAACCGAUCAACCUGAAAGGGAACCGCACCGCGCGGGAAGAGGGCGGCAUGGGAUGCGUAAAGUUUGGCGGCGUGUACUACGACGAGGUGGAGGUCACGAAGGUGAACUGCAUGGUGUUCGAAAACAUUGAAUGCUAUGGGCCGCGGGAGUUUAAGCGCGAUGGCUUUCCGUGCGUGAAGUACACGGACCACUACUUCGUCACGACGCUGCUGUACAGCAUUUUGCUCGGCUUUCUCGGCAUGGAUCGGUUCUGUCUCGGCCAGACGGGUACGGCCGUCGGGAAGCUGCUUACGCUCGGCGGCGUCGGCAUCUGGUGGAUCGUGGACAUUGUGCUGCUGAUCACGAACAAUCUGCUGCCGGAGGAUGGAAGCAACUGGAACACGAAGGUGUGAAACACCGGAUGCGGUUGUUUUGUCCCGCUGGAAGCCCCUUCUUGGCGUUCGGAUGUGGUUUGGUGGCAUAGAGGCAAAAAGCAAAAGGCUGAUUGAGUCAUUUUGUAAAUUUGUUAUUUAAGUUUGUUAGGGUUGUGAACAGGACGAUAAAAUAAAGAAUCUUAUGUACGAAUAUAUAAGAAAAGAAGCGCGCGCUGAUGUUCGUUGCGCUACCAACGAAAUAAAUAGAGAGUGCAACACAUUUUUUAAAGCAAAAAAAGAAUCCAUAGCAUGUUCUUAAAGAAAUUGUAAGGAAGUUAAAUCUGUGUUUGAUCGUAUCGGGUGUGUGCCCUGACUUCGUCUCUAGAAGCUUUCCCUCUAGCCGUUCCUCACUAAGUCUAACUAAACACCUAAGUUACAUCGUGUGAGAAAAAAAACCCUUAAAAACUAAGACCUUCAACCGUGGCCAGCAUGCACUGCACUGCUUGUUGAUUGAACAUAACAUUGUAAAUAAAUCGAUUCGCUUUUUGACUGAA